AUGCACAAGUUCAUGUCCAUAACUGUGUUCGUAAAAUCCAGUCCAGAGCCAUUAGGAGGAAAACCUUUCCAGAAGAAAAUGGGGGUAAGCAUUAUGGAAUACUGCAACCUCCGCACAAAACCUAGAGGAAGCAAUCGACAGCACCAAUUACCAUUGAGACUAACAGCUCGUGGAAAUCAUUCUCGCACAAACCUCUCCCGUCAAUGUCCGAUCCAGAAAAAUGGUAGUUUAUUCAGCAAAUACGAGAUUCUCAUGUCACCCGAGCUCGCUGACUCUGAGUCCUCGGCCUGCUCGUAUACAAGUAUAAAUUCAAGAGCAGAUCCAACACUUUCCAUUCUGAGUAGUAUCUCGCGACACAACACCAAAUUCCGAAUUCUCGAGAAUUAUAUCUCCCGCAUUGUGAAGGGAACCAAGUCGCGAAUGGUACCUAGUUGGCCAUCAAGUCGAGAGUGUUGGGAAUUCAUUGGCAUGGUAAAAUAUAUGGCUAUGCGAAUAGGACAGGGGGAUGAGCACUCGAGUAUCCAAGUAGCUUCCUCAUCCAAAGCACUACCUUAUCAAGUCCUAGUGACUUGUUCCUGCCACUACAUUGAGAGAAUCCACUCCCCCACCAUGAAACUCACCACCAUCCUCGCGCUCUCUCUAUCCGCUCUCCCCACAAUCCUUGCCGCAGAAUGCUACCGCGCGCCAUCCUGCUCCGGCAGACUUGCCGUCUCCCGCAACGACCUAUACGUAAUGCGGCAACACAUAUGCGGCGACACCACACUCUACAAAACGGCCGGUUCGUACACGGCGCAUGGAGCCUGCAUGUAUUGGCCCACGUGGGGCCAGAGCAAUGCACAACAGGUGUGUUGGGACGCUUUUGAGAAUAUCAUCAAUCAAUGUCAUCCGGAGAACACGCAGAUCAAUUUCAAGUAUGAUGGGUAUUGGGAGUUGGAUGCGAAGAGGUAUACAGUUCAGGGAUGUUGUGGGCAGGGGAGGGGGGUGGAGCGGGUAGGAACCAUCAUAAGUCAAAGGAAAGCUAAGACUGAAGUGUGCCGACUGGAGAUGUAUGUACAUACUUGCGACUCCAUACAAUCCCCCUAUCCAUAA